AUGGCACAGUCUGUGAGUUUGAUCAAUACAUACCCCCUCAAACUGGGGUUUGCUCCUCAGAGAAGAGUUUCCAGUGGAAAAUAUGAAACUUCUGUUUCCAGAUCCUCGCCCAGGCUCCUUAGGAUUCGAGCUGUGCAAGAGAAUGAAGGGCCUCGAAGACUAGUUGAUAUAAUCAGAAUCAUACCCGAGCUCUCGAGGAACUAUUUUCGAAGUCCUUCGAGGAGGGCGCUCUUUGGGGGAAUUUCCUUGUUAGGUGGCUUUUACGUGGCACAAACAAUUUCUCUGUCAUUUGGAGCUCUAGGAGUAAAUGAUGUGAUUGCUGCUGUUGUGUGUGUUCUCUUAACUGAGUAUGUGACGAGGUUCUAUUACAGCCAGCCGAAGGUAACCUUCCCCCUUGCUCUUCUCAACAAUUUCAAGAUGGGAUUCACUUAUGGCCUCUUCAUUGAUGCUUUUAAGCUUGCUAGUUAA